GCCGGGGUGGCCGCCCGGCGCGGCGCGGCCGACAGCGCGCUCCGCUCCGCAGCCUGGCGCACGGCGCCAUCACCGCCGCGGGCAGCAGGCCUGAUUCUGAAUUCUCAGGACAGAAACUACUACGUGCUUCCAAAAGAUGGCAGGGAGAAAAGUCCUAAUAGUCUAUGCACAUCAAGAGCCCAAGUCUUUGAAUGGAUCUUUGAAGAAUGUUGCAGUGGAAGAAUUGGGCAAACAGGGCUGCAGUGUCACAGUGUCUGAUUUAUAUGCAAUGCAGUUUGAGCCAAGAGCAACAAGAAAUGACAUUGUUGGUUGUUUACACAACUCAGAAGAGUUCAAUUACGGAGUUGAGGCACGAGAAGCUUACGAGAGAGGAGAAUUGUCUCAUGAUCUGAUAGAAGAGCAAAAGAAGGUGCAGGAAGCAGACUUACUAAUUUUUCAGUUUCCCUUGUACUGGUUCAGCAUGCCAGCAAUCAUGAAGGGCUGGAUGGACAGAGUCUUGGUUGAAGGAUUUGCUCACAAAUUUCCAGAUUGCUAUGAUUCCGGUUUGCUCAAGAAUAAAUUAGCCCUGUUUUCUUUCACCACUGGAGGAAGCAAAGAGAUGUAUACAAAAGGAGGUAUCUGUGGUGAUAUUCGCUAUAUCCUGUGGCCCAUGCAGAAUAUGUCUCUGAGGAGAAGAGGAAGGAGAUGCUGCUUGCUUGGGCCCAGCGUCUGAAGACUCUUUGGAAGGAGGAACCCAUCGACUGCUCUCCUGAGGGGUAUUUCAAGUAAUAUUCAGACACAACACUAUGGAGUUAGAUUUUUUCCAUUCUAUUUGGUGCUUUAGCUCAAUAUCUAAAUAAAUAACUGAUCUCAUAACUUGAAUGUGUUACAGAUAUCUUUCCUGAGCACUUUAGCUACCAGUUUAGCUGACAAUAUACCAUCUAUCUUCAAUAAUGGAUGCACAACUUUUUGUAGCUUAUUAUCCUAAAACAUAUGUACAGUGACAUCCUGUCUACUAGUGGCUGGUAAUACAAGCAGUAUUUAUCUGCAGAUUAUGUUGUUGAUCAUGCAACAGUAAAGUGCACUGACAAAUUUAUUUUAACUUUUUGCACUGGCUGCAAUUUUUUCAUUGGCCUGGAAGUACACUGCCGAGACUCAACAUAGUUGUUGCGCAACCUGCUCUUUUAAAUGAGGUCUACAUUUUUGCCUUUGAGUUAUGAAGCCAGGUAGUUAAUGCAACAGCAUGUACAGCUGCAUAGUGACUUAGACAACUGGAAAACUGUGGACAAGCCUUAGGCUUUUCCACACAUUUACAGAUAUAUUAAAGCAAUAUUAAAGCUGUGACAGUUACCAGGAAAAGAAGAGAACAAAUAAAAAUAUCCCAUAGCAA